UUCUUUUUUUUUUUGGAUAUCCCCUUCUUUAAAUCAUCAUGGCCGCUAAGUCGGACGGGAUGCUGAAGAUGAAGAAGAACGACGUUGCCUUCACCCCUUUGCAGAACUCGGAUCACUCGGGCUCCGUGCAGGGAUUGGUUUCGGGGUCGCAGCCGGGCUCGGGCGCCGGGGACGGGGGAUGCUCGGACGGAGGUUCCCGGUGCUGCUNCUGCUGCAGCGGCAGGGCCCCCACCGGCGGAGGCUCCCCAUCGCUGUGUCUACGCCUGGCCAGGGAGCAGCAGCGCUACACCGUAUGGGAUUGUCUGUGGAUCCUGGCCGCCGUGACCGUCUACUUCGCCGACGUGGGCAGCGACAUCUGGCUGUCCGUCGAUUACUAUCUGCGGGGUCAGCGCUGGUGGUUCGGGCUGACCUUGUUCUUCGUGGUGCUGGGCUCCCUGUCCGUGCAGGUAUUCAGCUUCAGGUGGUUCGUGCACGAUUUCAGCACCGAGAACAGCUCCCAAUGCACUCCAAUGGACGGCAAGGCUGCGGCGGGCGAGGUCGAUGCCCGACCUUCCACCCCACAGAGACAGGCUUCUACAGCUUCUACAGCCAGCAACAAGCCCAACCCCACUGUCAGCAUCAGCACCAGCACCGCCCGGGCCAGCCACAACAAGUCUGCCUCCUGCUCCUUCUGCAUCUGGCUCCUGCAGUCACUCAUCCAUAUCCUGCAGCUUGGACAGAUCUGGAGGUAUUUCAAUACUAUAUACUUAGGGAUCCGCAGCAGGAGAAGCGGAGAGAAUGACAGAUGGAGGUUCUACUGGAAGAUGGUGUACGAGUAUGCAGAUGUGAGUAUGCUGCAUUUGCUUGCCACAUUUCUGGAGAGCGCUCCGCAGCUUGUCCUGCAGCUUUGCAUUGUCAUACAGACUCGGAGCUUACAGGCUGUUCAAGGUCUUACAGCUGCUGCAUCAUUGGUAUCCUUAGCAUGGGCCCUGGCAUCCUAUCAGAAAGCAUUAAGGGAUUCCAGAGAUGACAAGAAACCCAUCAGUUACAUGGCUGUGAUCAUCCAGUUCUGUUGGCAUUUCUUCACCAUCGCUGCCAGAGUGAUAACUUUUGCCCUCUUCGCUUCAGUUUUCCAACUCUACUUUGGAAUAUUUAUUGUACUUCACUGGUGUAUCAUGACCUUUUGGAUUGUGCAUUGUGAAACAGAAUUCUGCAUCACUAAGUGGGAGGAGAUUGUGUUUGAUAUGGUGGUUGGAAUAAUCUAUAUCUUUAGUUGGUUUAAUGUCAAGGAAGGAAGGACACGGUGUCGGCUAUUUAUUUAUUACUUUGUCAUCCUUCUGGAAAAUACCGCCUUGAGUACCCUGUGGUAUUUAUAUAAGGCCCCCCAAAUCCUGGAUGCAUUUGCUAUUCCAGCACUGUGUGUAGUGUUUAGCAGCUUUUUAACUGGUAUUGUUUUUAUGCUUAUGUACUAUGCCUUCUUUCACCCUAAUGGACCUAGAUUUGGCCAAUCACCGAGCUGUGCUUGUGAAGAUCCAAUAUCUGCAUUUCCCUUGCCCCCUGAGGUGGCCUCAAGCACUCUUAGAUCUAUGUCCAAUAACAGGAGUGUGGCCAGCGAUCAGAAAUAUACAGAAAGAGACGGCUGCAUGCCAGUUUUUCAAGUGAGGCCUACAGCCCCUUCUACACCAUCCUCAAGGCCUCCGAGGAUUGAAGAAUCUGUUAUCAAAAUAGACCUGUUUAGAAACAGGUACCCAGCCUGGGAGAGACAUGUGUUGGAUAGAAGCCUACGCAAAGCAAUUUUAGCUUUUGAAUGUUCACCUACUCCCCCUCGGCUUCAGUAUAAAGACGAUGCACUUAUUCAGGAACGUCUGGAAUAUGAAACCACCUUGUAACAGCCGCAAAAGGAAAUCCUGAAAGCCAGGACUUUAAAGAGCCACAAUGAUAACCUGAACAGUAAGCACUGUCAACCAGUCGGUGGCUGAAAACAAACUGUUUUACGAACAGAGUAAAGCCAUGGUGAACAAUUAAAAUGGCUAUUCAUCAUGAUUAUCAUUCUUUCAAGUACUCUGAUAUAUCAAAGAGGAAGUUUUGUUUGUGCAUUUUGGGACAGAAGAUAUUCAGUGAGGAGAGACCAUACAAAUAAGGGCAGGACAGUAGACCUAUGUAGUAUAGACAGUGUGUUGUCUAGUGCUGUGAUUACUAUUUAUAUAGAAGUCAUUAUUGUCUCAAGAGUUGUAAUGUCUACAAGGUUUUAUAUGUAAUGACCCUUAAACCAUGCUACAGCCGACAGUCUAUAAGCUACAGGUCUCUGCUCCACACAUCCAAAACGUAGAAAAUGUUGCAUAUCCCAAAAGGGGCAUGUUCACAAAAACCAUAAAUGGCUUAACCCAACCAUGUGUGCCAUGUGAAUUCAAGAAGAACAGAGGAGCAGAUGACCAUGUUUGCAACAUGCC